AUGAGGAACGGUGCCACCAUGCCGCCGUUUGCGGUCUGGUGCCUCGCCCUAGUGACCGUGCUUUUGCCUGAAGCUUCAGGAGAUGCACGGGAGGCACAUCACCGACCCCAAAUGCGGCGUGAGCCACUUCAGCACAGCAUGGCACCAGAGCCUGGCGAGGCCGAGCUGAGCCGGCCCCCGAAGAAGCCCACGCAGCCUUGUAGCUACCCACCAGAUCUCCCACUCAUUCUGGCACUGGGCACUCUGACCAGCGGCGCUGGCCUCAUAGGCACCAAGGCCCAAGACCUCCCUUGUGCAGUCGAGGUGCCUCGAAGCGCCUCCGUGGGAAGUCGUGGUGACAUCUUCGUGCAGGACGAGGACGAUGACGGCGUGUGCAAGAGUCUUUGCCAUGCCGUCGAUGCCCCUUGGCAGAUCAAGUUGAGCAGUGCCAGCAGAGUCAGAGUGAGUGCAAGCUCGGCCUUCUAUGAGACCCUGGACGAUGGCAGCCGGAGGCCGUGCUCACUGCAAGCUGCCGGGGCGUCUCUCUCGGACCCGGAGGCUCAAAACUGUGGAGUAGACUCCAAGCAAAUCUGCCACAAAGGCAGUCCACUGUGCCAGGAGGAUGCUCCUUCUUCUCACGGCCCGUUGGAAGAAAUUUGCAACCUCUGCUCUGGCGGCGGCGAAUUUUUGCCAGAGGCGACUGCCUUCAUGGAGGAUGGUAAGCCUUUCUCUUGCCAAUUUGCGCUGGAUCAGAUUCGGGCGGGUGGAUCCAGACUGACAUGCCAAGAGGCAGCAGAAGAGUAUGCCGACUGCUGUGCACGCAGCGGGAACGACGGCAAAUCUGGACCUUCGGACCGGACAGACAACUGGAGCUGCGAAUUGUGCGCAGGAUUCGGAGACCUGAAUAGUGUCUUGACUGUUGAGAUGACGGUGCACAGGCUGCACAGGUCAGUGCUGUUGGAUUAG